AUGAAAGAAGUCCUUUCAGCCGAUGUCGAAGAGUUGAUUGAAAUUUAUUCCAACGCUCAACAAUUAUGGAACUCACCCGAACAAACAGAAAAAUACAUCAUUGAAAUUGUGGAUCUAUGUGCAAACAAAGAAGGGUGCAUUGUUCAAAUUGUAAUACCUGAGAUGACCUGCAAUUUGAGAAAAUUUGUGGAACUGCGACUCGCACAUGAUCGUGACAAUGGCAACCAUUCAAAACAACUUUUUUUGAAAAACAAAAUCAAAUCUCUAUGUUUGAUUUUGGAUGUCAUGAAUCAAUCUGCAAACGGCUUGCACUGUUGGAAUAAUUCCAAUGCCAAAAGACAUAACGAUGUGAAACCCGAAAAUUUUCUAGUGGAACAGGACAAACGAUUCAUGUCCAAUUUUUCUGUCUAUCUUGCAGAUUUAGACGAUUCAGAAGAGAACAUUUCCCGUGCCACUAACACCCAACUUGGAACUCCUUCUUACAUCUCUCCUGAGGCAUAUCGUGGAAAGAAACGCACCACAAAAACAGAUAUUUGGAGUUUUGGUGUCAUGUGUCUGCAAUUUCUAUGUCUGCUACAUGACAUGAGUUAUUUUCCAGAGUAUUUAGAGAGGUGCUUCAAUCAAGCAUCUAUUGACCAAUUUCUGAGCGAGCUCAAAAACAAAAUGAAACACUCUCUUAUUUCGUCUCUCACCGAAAAGGGAAUUGAGAUGAAUUACACACUCGUUGUGUUUUCUGAAUGCGUUUUCUUUUCUUUGGCAAAAUUGACGACCAAUAUUUCAAAGCUAAUGAUGGAAAGUGGAGAUUUUAUCUGUAGGGGCAUGGAGUUUUAUGAUCGAUUUCAAAAUAUCACCGAAUUAGACCUUACCAACACUAAAAUUGGAGACAAAUCGAUGGAAAUUCUUGCAGAAACUUUUUCAAAUCUCAGAACACUGCUGUUAAAUGAAAAUAGAAUUGGCUAUUCAUGUGCAGAAUGUGUUUCAACAAGCAAAAACUUUGCAAAUUUAACAAUAUUGGAUUUGAGCGGAAAUUCAAUUGGAAACAAAGGUGUUGAAUUUAUUUCCUCAAGUCCAUAUUUGAAAAAUUUAGUGAAAUUGUACUUGAUCAACAAUAACAUUGGGAAGGAAGGAGGAAAAAGCAUUGCAAAAAGUACAACUCUGAUGCGUUUGCAAGUUUUAAAUUUGAGUAUAAAUGACAUUGGUAAUGACGGCUUGAAAGAAAUUUUAUCCAGUGACCUGGUAAAGAAUUUAAAUGAACUCGGACUGAAUCUUUGUAAUAUUGGUUAUGAAGGGGCUUGCUUAAUUUCUAAUUGUGAUAGGUUAACCAACUUGACGUCGCUCUCUUUAAUUGGAAACACAAUUACAGACGAUGGCAAAAACUUAAUUUGUACACAUUUGGCAAGGUGUAAAUUGAUUUUGGAUGGAAAUUUGAAUUCCUUAUCGUCUUAG